AUGAGCGGCUUACUAUCUGAAUCCACACCGCUACUUCCAUCCUUUCGUCCCCAAAGAAAAAACACCUCCAUAAUUGCUGUACUCAGCGCACCUAAGCUACUCUUCACGUAUAUUUCCCACCUCUUGACAUUGCUGAUACGCCUUUUCUCAUUACAAACGACCGACCCCAUACUUCCUAUAGUCGCUCCAAGUCACCCAUCCGCUCCAGACAUUCCCACCGACCGUGGCUCUCCGCAUGACACAGUCGAAAAGUCCAAGAAGCAAGCUGUUUUACCCAAAGAUUCCUCACUGGUGGUUGUUGCUCGUUCGGAGCUUCCCAGUACCACAUACCCAAUCUCCUCCCUAAAAAAGGCACCCAGCUGCGACUCGAUCCUUCCCAUGAAGGAGAUUCGAUCUGUUCGCUUCUCGGCCAUCAUUGACAUCCAUGAAUUCUCAAGGCUAGUUGGAGAACCUGUUGGGAUGGUGCCAGUAUCAAAAGCGCCCGGCGUUAGAAUACCUCACAUUGAAAACGAGCUCCGGUAUAGCCGGGAAAAGGCCCGACUCGCACUGGAGCUUGAGCCUGCGCCCAUGAAAUCGUCUUAUAACUACAAACUAGAUGAUUACAACGGUUACUCCUCCGAACCGCGUUACGGCUCACCUAUUUAUUGA